CCGCCGGGCGGGCCUGCCCGCCGCCGCGGGGGCCCAGCAGGUCACAUCUUUUCAAGGAGUGGCUGUUCGCAGCCUCUGCACAUCCUCCCCUCAUGAACACCCAGAACACGGAAGAUUAGUUUAUAAAGGAAAUUUGGCAAAGGCAGUGCUAGGUGUGAGGUUUUUCUCUUACUCCACCAGCAUAUUCAACCUGUUCAUGAUGCCCUACAUCAUGUUCAAAACGGGUAUUGGAUUUGAAAGUCUGCUUAUACAAGCUGCCUUUUAUGGGUUGAUUGGGUUUUUUACAUUUGUAACACCGGUUACUUUGCAUGUCCUUACAAAAGGCUAUGUGAUUCGACUCUAUUAUAAAGAUGAAAUGGACACAUAUACAGCCAUUACAUACAAUGCGAUCUUGGCAGAAAAAGCGACUGUUUUCCAUCAGAAAGAUGUAAAGAUUCCAGACAUCACCAAGAUGUUUACAACAUUUUAUGCUAAAACAAAAUCAAUGCUUGUUAAUCCGACGCUUUUCCCAAAUCCUCAGGAUUAUAACCAUCUCAUGGGCUAUGACAAAUCCUUUUAUUUUAACUUAGAAGAGGAAAAGGAAGCUGGUGAAAAGAAAUAAUUUGAAGAUAAUGAAUGUCACUCUCAUUGUUCACGGUGCAGUGCUAUAUAUGUGAAAGAAUGUAAAAUUCUGUUACACUUUCAUAAGUAUCAGGUAGCUAGAAGUCCCCAAAUGCAUUUUGGAAUGUAUAAGAAAAAAAAAAUAAUUCUUUUAAACUUGUAAACAAUGUGAGGGCUUCUUCAGAGUUAAUGACACAAAACAUAGUAAAAAAAAAAAAAAAGCUUA